AUGUCUACUCGAUAUGAAAUUGUAAAAGAUAACAAUGUAGAUUAGGUGUUCUAGUUGCGAGAACGAACAAAGUAAUUGGAAUAAUUGGGAUCCUUCUAACAUUUCAUCGCUUUGACAUUCAAAAACGAAGUAAAAAAAAAAUAUAUAUAUAUAUAUAUAUAAAUAGAUAUUUUAAUUUACAGAUUGUUUGAAAAAAAAUAUUACAAAAAAGAAUAUCGAUAUGUAUCCCGAAUGGAAUCAACUUGCUACACACAGGAAUCCGCCAGCGAUACUUAAGACUAAACUGCAGUUGCCUGUAAAAAUUCUGACAGGCCCUGGGCCGACUAAUUGUUCAGAGCGAGUUCUUCAAUCUCUGAAAAAUCAAGUUCUCGGCCAUCUUCAUCCGGAAUUAAUGGAUGAGAUUAAGGCAGGCCUUCAGUACGUGUUUCAAACCAAUAAUAGACUCACACUGGCAUUAAGUGCGUCGGGUCAUGGUGGUAUGGAGGCUUGUUUAACAAAUUUGCUCGAACCUGGUGAAACUGUACUCGUUGUCAAGAAUGGAAUUUGGGGUGAACGAGCAGCUGACAUGGCUACUCGAAUUGGUGUACACGUGCGAGUGAUAGAAACAGAACAUACUAGCGCUGUCACGUUGGAACAAUUGGAAACAGCAUUGCAUCGGCAUAAUCCAACCGCAGUUUUCAUGGUCCACGCUGAAUCCUCUACAGGUUUGAAACAACCACUAAAAGGUUUCGGUGAUCUCAUUCACAGAUACAAUGCUCUCUUUGUCGUUGAUACUGUUGCAUCAUUGUGCGGUGAACCGUUCUUUAUGGACUCGUGGGGCGUCGAUGCAACCUAUACUGGUAGUCAAAAGGUUCUCGGUGCUCCUCCAGGACUAUCGCCUAUCUCGUUUAGUCCACUGGCCGAGUAUUCAUUAUUCUUAAUUACUCCGCCAUUCAUUCUUCGCAAACCAUUACGAAACGGCAAUUUCAUCACGAUUUACACGCGCUUUCUCUGUUGCGUUAGGAAGAAAUUGUUCCAAAGGAAGACCAAGCCUAGUUCGUAUUACUUGGACAUGACCCUGCUUGGAAAUUAUUGGAAGUGCUUUGGGAACGAGAGCCGCGUGUACCAUCACACUAUAAGCGCCACGCUUCUUUACGGCCUUCGCGAGGCGUUGGCGGAAAUCGCUGAAGAGGGUCUCCAAGCAUCGUGGAUCAGACACGCUAACGCAGCUGCCAGAUUAAGAAGAGGUCUUGAAUUACGGGGUCUUCGAUCUUAUGUAAAAAUUCCACAGUAUCAAUUAUCCACGGUUAUCUCAAUAGAGCUACCACCUGGUGUUGAUGAUACGAUCAUCGUACAACGUGCCAUGCAAAAUUACAACGUGGAGAUCAGCAGAGGCUUGGGACCAACUGUGGGGAAAAUUUUGCGAGUUGGAUUGUUGGGGACUAAUGCUACAUUUGGCAAGGUCGAUCUUGUUCUACGCGCCCUAGAAAUUUUACCGUCGAAGCUGUAAGAAACGGUUAAGAAAAGUUACGUGGACAUGUGAUGCUAAUUUAUAUAGAAAAUAAUAUUAUACUCAAAAAUUAAGUUGGUAGUUUCUCAAGAAUGAACAAUACAAGCUUUCACGUUCAAUUCAGUAAAUAAUUUUCGAUGCAGAUGUAACAACGUUAUUCAUAUUUCUCGAUUUUAAUUCAAGUGACACCUAACCUAAACUUAACCUAAAACAUGGGACACGUAAAAGCAUUGGACGUCCAGCUAGUCUAUGGAAUGUCUAUCCCAGUUAGUCAAUGGAAUUAUGUGUCAUAGACUUAUAAAUUAACAUUUAAUAUAUGUCAACAGAGUUAUAAGUUAAGAAUUAAUAAUAAAAGCUGUAAAAUUAUUGAUUACUGUAAUAAACAAAUUGUCUGGAAGUACAGAUAAAAAUCGUCACUCACUUUACUCAAAGGUUGAGCAGGGAAAAAGAUCACUAUACGUUCGCCAUCAAUAAAGACAAAUUUAUUGAACGAAAUAAGGGAAACAAAAUUAUUGACACGCUUCAAUAUCGUGCCCUGUAGGAGGUACAACGCGACAUGAAACCGCGGUUUGUCACCAAAUUUCGCAAUCAGCCAAAUGAAGGUUUUCGAGCAUUUAGAGGCAACCGCCAAUGAUACAGCGGGGUUCUGAAGAACCGCUGAGUCAGAUUACAAAGGACACUAGACUACGAGAAUCUCACCUCGCUCUUUCGGACGAAGCUGCAGUUCCCCGAUUUGACAAAAUUGGCAACGAAACUUGGAAACUCAACUCUAAUGCAAUGAAAAAAAUAACAAUAAUAACAACGAACGAAAGAAGAC